AUGGCGUCAAAGACCCUAGAAACAACUACCGAACAAGCAAGUUGUAAUAAACUCUGUACGACUACAGCUAAUAAGGAUGAGACAAGCAAAACAAGUAUCAAGGCUACUACAUCGAGCAAUCAGAUACAUAAUCACGUCGAUAUUGAAUUGGUUUUAGGCACCGUUGAAAAAGAGGGAGCAAAAGCUGAUGUUAUCGUUAAUUCUAUAAGUCUGCAAGAUUAUAAUACGGGUGCUAUCGCCAAUGCAUUAUAUAUGGCUGGUGGUGAGCAAUAUCAAUCUGAAUGCGCAAUUCACUUACAAUCUUUAGAUAUUGAAGAUAUUGGAAGCACCAAUGGAAGCUAUUUUGGCUGCAAAAAAGUAUAUCAUAUUCCAUUCUUAAGCUCUAACAAAUCUAUCACUUGGUUAAAAGAUAAGUUAAAACGAUGCCUAGAAAAAGCCAAUGAAGAAUCGAUGAGAUCUAUAGCUAUACCUAUGAUUGGAAUUGGCAAUAUGGGGUUACAGGCGGAUGAGAUGAUCAUAGGAAUUUUUGAUGUGGUUUCUGACUUCUCCCAACGGCAUAAAAAAGUGAUUUCCUUGAAAACAGUUUACUUGGUUGUUCUUCCAACCCUAAAUGAACAUCAUGAACUAAUUCGAAUUUUAUUACAUGAAAGAACAAAUAACUUAACUGCGUGGCAAAAUCAACUAGUAGCAACAUUAAAUAGCAAUCAUUUGCCAGAUAAAACUAUGAUAGCUACAACAUCGACAGCGAUAACAUCCAGUCGAAUACAAGAUCGCAAAGAGAUUGCACUGGUUACAAAGAGUAGUAAUAGCAACCUUGUACAAAACUCCAAUCUUAGCUAUGUUUUGUAUUUCACUGUUUGCUGCUACACCAAUGGUAAGCCAUUACGAGUUAACCUCUACCAUGGAAAUAUUCUUGCAGCUACAACCAAUGCUAUUGUCGAUAUGACAGUGUUAUGCGAUCAGCAUCAACAUUUAGAGACAUUAGAUGGUGUCAUGGAGAAAAAUAGUCCAGAGCAUAUAGUGGAAACUUUACAGUAUUUACCGAAUUUUAAGCCUAAUUGUAGCUUAUAUCAAAUAUGUCCAUAUGGAUGCUUAACUGGUGUAAAUCAAUUAUUAAUCUAUAUUAACGCCAAUGAUGAUCAAUCGAUGUCGCUUCCACUACCAAGUAUAGAAUUUAAUCAAGAGCAUAUCUAUCAUAUAUUAAAUGCGAUAGAAUUAUUCCUCAUUGAUCACGGCUGUGAUCAGAUCAGGUUAGAUUGCAUUGAUCUUGCCUUAGGAUCUAAGGAUCGAGUUGAGGAGAUUGCAACGUGGAUAAGAGAAGAAAUUACAAGAUCUCGAUUAACAUUACCUUGGGAAAUAACUUUUAACAAGACAAAUCUCCGAUUUGGUUUAAAAACGAUUUAUAUAUCAAAAUAUUGUAAUCGUAUAGAUCAAAUGCGAUUCAUCGUCAACGAAUAUGGUCAGACUUGGGGAUCGCAUGAAAUCACUGACGAAGAUUACUUCAUCCAUGUUGACAAAAGUCGUUGGCAUCAAAUAUCAUUAGAAUUUUGGUGCAAUUACAAUACAAUCUUAGUGUGUUGUAAUCGAAAAAAAGCGAUUCGAAUUCAUGGAUACCAAUGUGAUAUUUUAAAAGCAAUAUCAGCUAUUCAUAACUUAUUUGCUUCUCAAUUGAAAGAAAAAUUAAAUCAAGAUACACAGGAAAUGAUUGCUAAAAACGUUCCAUGGUAUGCUAUCAUUGAUCAAUCUAAGGUUCAAUUUGAUAGUAAAAUGAAUUUUGAAAUUGUCAAAAAUUAUGAGAUCUAUCUUCAAGAUAAAACUAAUAAGGUUUUUAAAAUGGACACCGGAAUGAAAUCAAUUGAUUACGAAAAAAUGAUCAUGACAGUUGAUGGAAAACAAUAUCCGAUAGGAAGAUUAAUAUCAUCGAAUAAUGAGAUUGCUGUGCCUCCAUCUUGGAAUAUAGUUGGUGAAAUAAAAGAUGGUUAUUAUUGUACUGUUGGUGUCACUAAUCAAGAAGAAAAAAAUCAAAUUUCGAAACUUCUGGAAGGCACAGGGAUUCAGAUUCGCAAAUUAACACGUAUUCAAAACUGGAAUUUAUAUCGUCGUUAUCAGAUUAUGAAAAAGGAUGUUGAAAGAACGGUUCGAAGGUACCAACCGGGAACCCAAGUUGAAAGAAGCUUGUUCCAUGGUACCGCAAAAACUAACGUCGAAAGUAUAUGUAAGGGAGGAUUUGAUCGAGAUUAUUCAGGAAAAUCGUAUGGUUCUGCACUUGGAACAGGAACGUACUUUGCUGUCGCUGCUACGGAAUCGCGCCAAUAUGGCGAUACAUUAUUACUAGCUCGAGUUCUAACAGGUAUCUAUGUCCAAGGAGCUCAAUGUAAUCAACCUAAUUUAUCCAUAAUCAGCGGAAGUCAAUCAGAACGAGUCCAUUCCGUUGUUAAUAAUAUGAACAAUCCAUCCGUAUUUGUAAUAUCAAAUGAUAAUUCAGCUUAUCCUGAAUAUAUUAUUCAUAUUUAA